AUGAACAAUCGAUGGGCGAACUUCUUUGCAACUGCUUUUCUUGCACGAACAAGCCUACCCUCAAUCGACGCACCUCCGGUAGACGCGCAGAGCAGAAAGAGGACUCGAGCAGAAGAAGAUCCUCAAGAAAAGAAGAAGAAACACCGAAAGCAGAAGCAAACUGAAGACCACAAUGGGGGUGCUCAUGUAGAUGCUGCAGACGAUUCCCGCCAGGCGCAUUCAAACGACGACUCGAUCCCCAUCUCAACAGCUGAUUUUCUGUCUGCAAUAGUCGCAGCUGCGACAGCAACAUCUGGGGAUUCUGACUCUCAACUGCACCUGGGAGACAGGUUGAAUGACCCAAACGAUCCGAGUCUCCACAAUGAUCUUUCCAACGAAUCAGUUCUUCGUGCUAUACAAGAACUUGGUGUCGCUGGACUAACAGACUUCAUAAAGGCGUAUAACGAAGCUCAAAAUUCAUCUGAUACACACAACAUACCCGAUCCUGCAUUUUUUCCGCUCGUUUCCGACGGUCGGCUCGAUCCCGCCCUCUUGGCCACCUUACUACCACCACUCGGUCAAAAACCAGUUUCGGCUGGAAAAAUCCUCGGAACAAAGGCGCCAACUUCACUGACUCAGUUACCUCCCCCUCCGACACCCCCAAAUGCGGAAGACGCUCAGCUCCUCGCUACGAAAUGGCUCAGUGCGUCCAAGUUAGAUGAAUUAGCACGAAUGAGAGGUCUUGUCUAUAAAAAGGGAAAGUUCUCCAGCAUCGAAGAACAGCAGUUGGACAAUGCUAUUGAGAAUUAUCGCAUCGCCAAAGGUUUGACGGACGACCAACUUGUGGAACACAUAUUUGCUAAGGACGACAAAUCAAAAGAUACCUCUUUUUGGUCCGAAAUCGCUGGAUCUGUACCUCUCCGACCAAUCAUAUCUGUCUAUCACCACGUUCGCCGCAAACGGAACCCUCUGCAGAAACAAGGAAAAUGGCUGCCAGCGGAAGAUGACAAGCUGCGCGAGGCAGUACGCAAUUUGGGUCAGCAGUGGGAAAAGGUCUCCCUCAUUGUUGGGAGACGCGCUCCUGAUUGCCGCGAUCGCUGGCGAAAUCACUUGCAAGGAGAUGAGGAGCGAAUCUCUGGAAAAUGGACCAAGGAAGAAGAAGAGAAAUUAAUACAGAUUGUCGAGGACAUGACCGUGAAACGCGGGAGGACUUUGGAUGACGAAGUCUUUUGGGGGGAUGUGAGUUCGCGUAUGGGAAACACGCGGAAUCGUCAACAGUGUAGGAUCAAAUGGACCGACUGCUUGAGCAAGAUUGUGAAGAAGGACGGGUCAAACCCGCGCUGGAAUAAUCAAGACGCGUAUAUUCUCGUUCAUAAAUUAGACUCGCUCAACGUGCGAGACGAUACGGAGAUUGAUUGGAAAACGUUGAACGACGAAGACUGGAACCACUGGUCUGCACAUACCCUUCAGCGCAGGUGGUUUACAAUGAAGAACAGUAUUAAGGGGCACGAGGAUAUGUCGUUCAAAGAAAUCAUGGAAAUAUUGAAAAUGAAGAAGGCCAACUUUGAGGUUGUGACAAAGCGGAAAGUGAGGAAGGGACGUUCUGCCGAAACGGUAGAUUCUUGA